AUGGGCGAGCAACUACCACAGCUGCGGUCCGUGCAGUUAAUCAUGGCUGAUGAGAGCCAGUCCUUGGUAUCGGCCACAUUGGAGUACGAAGGUGGUAUCAAAUGCCGUGCCGAAGCCAUGCUGACGGCUCUAAACCUUCAGAUACAGAUUACGGUGUCCAUUCCUCUGAUUAAGGGCAGCUUGGCGAUAAGAUCCAAUACGACGCACUUGCAGGUGUGUUUCAACGAAGCGCCGCUAAUCGAACUCAGGAUGCGCUUCAAGGCCGGUUCCUUUGUGUCACCCAAGGUUUGUUAUAGGGAUCACUAG